UUUUCCUCCACUCACCUAACCCAAACACAAUUUUUUUAUAACCCUCCGUCACCUUCCCUUCCUUUUCCUUUCAAACCCACUCCACCAAACUGAGCCUGAGAGUUCUGUUUUGAGUGCCAAGCAAUGGACACCACCCAAAACUAACCAAAUGCAGUUUCAAAACAGGUCUCUAUCAAAAUCCACAAAACUGAGAACGAAUGAGAUGCUCUCACUCCACUCUUGCACUUCCGUUAUCUCCAUAAAAGCCCUAAACUGCUCCUCGUCUCUCUGCUUCUUCCGUCGAAACCCUAGAAGUUUCUCUAGGGUUCCGGGAAUCAUCCGUUCUUGUAAAGCUCAAGAAGUUCCUUCCGUCCAGCGAACCAGUUACGCAGGAGUCCGGUUGGAGGAGAACGUAGACACCAAAUCUGGGAAGCUCAGGCUCGAUUCAUGGAUUUCUUCUCGCAUAAAUGGCAUAAGCAGAGCUCGCGUGCAGUCGAGCAUUCGAUCAGGACUGGUCAGUGUUAAUGGCCGUGUUAUCGAUAAGGUUGCUUACAUGGUCAGAGAUGGAGAUAAGGUUAAUUGCACAAUAUCCGAGUUGCAACCCUUAAGGGCUGAACCAGAAGAUAUACCUUUGAAUAUUGUUUUCGAAGAUGAGCAUGUGCUAGUUGUUAAUAAGCCUGCGCACAUGGUUGUUCAUCCAGCACCGGGCAAUGCUACUGGAACUCUCGUAAAUGGCAUUCUGCACCAUUGCAGUCUUCCCAUGGUUGCAUUACCUAACCAGGAAGUACUUUGUGAGGAAGAGGAGAUUUCUGAUGACGAGUUUAGUAGCUUUUCUCCUGAACAAAUUCAUAAUGAAGGUAUUGGUUUUGGCAUUUGCGAGGCAUCUAUACGGCCUGGAAUUGUGCAUAGAUUAGACAAAGGUACCAGUGGAUUGCUUGUUGUUGCAAAGGAUGAGCAUUCUCACUCUCAUUUAUCUGAACAAUUCAAGAAACACACUAUCCAGAGAGUAUACAUCAGUCUUACGUGUGGAUUGCCCUCACCACUUUCAGGACGUAUUGACAUUCCAAUAGGUCGUGACUUGAACAAUCGGAUCCGCAUGGUUGCUGUUCCUGGAUCUAAUACCCGUGGACAAGCCCGUCAUGCUGCUAGUAGGUACAGAGUAAGAGAAAUACUUGCUGGUGGUGGUUCUGCAUUGGUUGAGUGGAGACUAGAAACUGGGCGCACACAUCAGAUUCGUGCACAUGCGAAGUACCUUGGAAUUCCUCUAUUGGGAGAUGAAGUGUAUGGAGGGACUAAGUCCAUGGCCAUGUCACUGCUUCGGACUAGGACUCCGACCAACUUCCACAGCCAACUUACGCAACUGGUUUCUAGAUUAGAGAGACCCAGCCUCCAUGCUUUGGCUCUCGGGUUUAGGCAUCCAUGUACUGGGGAGAACAUGCACUUUUCUUGCCUGCCACCCGUAGAUUUUGCUGAGAUUUUGAGUGGGCUUCGUGAAAUCAGGACAGAAAAGGUCCAUUAGGCAAAUCUUUUUGAGACCUCACCCAGGAACUAAUUUAGUGGUUCCGAUCAUAUUAACCAUCUUUAUAAUGGAUUCUCAGCCUAACAAUCAGAAAGAGAUGUGUCUAUUGUCAUGGAUUGGAUUGGCUCUUUUCAUCUUCACCGAAGAAGUAAGAACCCAUUUGCAUGGUGUCGUCUCUAUCCACAUGGACUGAAGGAGGGGUAAAAUAUCUUCACCGAAGAAGUAAGAACCCAUUUGCAUGGUGUCGUCUCUAUCCACAUGGACUGAAGGAGGGGUAAAAUAAUUGCAAAUUUCAAUAGAGUAUGCCAUGUUAAUCUGCUAUUUGUUGUGCACAUUGCCCUUCCUUCUGGGGUGGUGAAUUGCACUCCGGUAUUGUGGCUGAUUUUUGGUAGUCCAAUGUUGUGAUUGAGGUUUCGCUCCUACUGGAUACACUCAAGACAACACAGGUGACGAGGUAAGUACACCAUUUUUUGAUUGGGACGCAUAAUUGUAAAACUGAUUUGGUUUUGUUUGGAGAGUAGUAGUGUAAAAGCAACAUUGCGGUUGUUUGCUAGGCGUACAUCUAUCAUUUGAUUCAUGUUUUUAGACGGGGGGACGAAAUUCACUGGUACCUUUGUUCAUUUCCCCAAUAAUAAUAAUAAUAAUUGCAACUAGAGAUAUACGUAGUAUUAUUAUAAUUU